AAAGAAAUGUCUGAUUUUGAUAGAAAGAAAGUAUUUUCAAAGAACCGAUUCUUUGCUACCAAAGUAAAGGACCCAAUAAGCCAUGGAAAGGCGGAAGGACGAACUUAUUCCGGUUCAAGGAGUGAAACUGAUCCACCCAGGAAACAACCCACAAUAUUACUAAAAGCUAGGGAAUCAAAUUCAGAAGACUUGAGCGCCUCACCGAAGCGUAAUCAAAAGGAAGAACAUAAUAUAACACUCAUCCAACCAGCUAAAGAUGACGUUAACACACCGCCAAAUUUGAAACACAUGACGAAAUCCAUGAAGCUCAUAGACGAGGGGAUACUUUGCACGGAGUCAUUACAGGAUUACGUAAACGAAAACAACGAAUUCCUUAUAGUCGGAGUCGUUGGGGCGCAUGGUGUGGGUAAAUCCACGAUCUUGAACCUUCUCAGUCACAGUACAUUAACGGACGAUAUAAAAAAAGACAUAUUUAAAAUGGAGAAAAACUCAAACGAUCAUAACAGCGACAUUAAAAUUUUGACGAAUCACUUAGAGAAGAUGGAUAUAAAGGUUGAGGAUAGGAUAAAAAAGGAAGUGUUUAGGAUAGAGACUCUGGAGGAUAUCGAAAGGGGUUUUAAUAGGACACAAGGAAUUGAUAUUUUUAUUACGCAAAAUAGGCUUAUGCUUUUGGACUGUCAACCUUUUGCCUCUGUCUCAGUAUUAGAAGAAUUAAUUAAGAGCGAAACAAAGCGAACUAGUUUAGUAAGCGAAUUUAUUCCAUUGGAAAACAGUGGAGAAAUUCAAGGUUUACAACUUACUGCAUUCCUAAUGUCAGUUUGUCAUGUACUCUUGGUAGUUCAAGACUGGUUUUUGGAUAGCAAUGUAUUAAGAUUUUUACAUACAUCGGAAAUGCUAAAGCCGACUAUUCCGAACCCCGAAGAUGAAACAGUAGAUUACUUUCCUCAUGUAAUGUUUAUCCACAACCGAGCAACAAUGGAAGAUUUUUCCCCAGCGAAAUUCAAGACAAUGCAAGAUGUUUACAAAACGCUUUUUCAUAAAUCUAAACUAAACAUCAAAUCAAACCUAGGAUUAGGGAAUGGAAGACUGAUAAGCUACUUGAAUUCCGAAACAUGCGGGAGCUACAUAAAUUUAUUUCUCAUUCCAGAAGUUGAUAUCAAUUUUAAUGAUAUUUACAAGGGGCAUCCGCCGUUAGAAGAAAUCGUUCGUAAACUGAGAGCUAACAUUCUCGGAUCUAGUCGAAAUUCCUUGACCCACGUCCAGCUGACCGAGAGAACGUGGCUACUUUAUUGCGCGAAAGUUUGGGAUACAGUGAAGAAAAGUUCUUUCUUUGUCGAAUAUACCAAAUUGAUGCCUUAG